AUGGUCCAGGGUGCCUCAGGGCCUGAUGGCUCCAGCUGGGGCUGGGACUGGGACGGGGACGAUGACUGGGACAGCGCUGCGCUCACCCUGCUGGCACUGGCCGUGGUGGCCGCCACAGCACUGGCCUUACACUGGUUUGGCUCGGGGCAGGACCAGGAAGCAACAGGACCAGCAUCCACAGGCCCCCAAGCCCAGCCUUCUAAGGCAGGAGGAGCUGGGCCAGCCCUGCCCCCAAAGUCCAAGGUCAGUGGUGGCGACGAAGGACAUAGCUCAGGGCGGGGGAAGCCAGACCCCCCAGGACUUGGCCAGGGGGGUCCAGCUGCAGCAGGCGCCCAGGAUCACCAGCCCCUGGGAAGUGGAGAUCUGACUGCCACAGCCGCACCUCCACUCAAGACACCUGGCGAGGUGGCCAGUGGAAGAGCCCUGGGACAGCAGCAUGGCAAUCCUACCCCAGAAAUCUCCCGGGGUAAAGGGAAGGAGCAUCUCAGGCCAGGGGCGGCCCUCCCGGGUACGAGCACAGCAGGAGGAAUACCUGCCCCUCUCCUGAUACACUUUACUCCUCGGAGCUUGGACAGAGAAGCAGAGGUGCAGAUGGAAGCAGGAGGCAUCCGAGCCAAGGCACCAGCUCACCAGGCCCUGGGCCACACAGUGGAACAGGACACCGGCUCCUGGAAACAAGGGGUGAGGUCACCUGGCUCAUUGGGGAGAGGUCUGGGCAGCCAGCGGUGGCAGAUGGAUGACAGCUCAGGAGCUAGAACCUGCCGCCCCACACAGUUGGACCCCCUACACCUGGGCACUGUGGUGAGUGUGUGGGACGCUGUGGAUGCAGCCAGCAGCUUCUCUGCAGGUGUCCAGAGGUCCUUUGACCCCCAGGAGUUGCCCCCACCAGACUCCGUGCAGACUGGGCACCUGACAGAUGGCUCAGAGAGGGUGUACAGGAAAAGCAGCCCUCAGCCAGAUCCAGUUUUAGCUCUUAACUCAGGGGCCAAAGCUGGUGAGAGUAGGGAGGCCCCAGCCCCUGCUCCAGCCCCAGCUGCAUCCCCAACCCCUGCUCCAGCCCCAGCUGCAUCCCCAACCCCUGCUCCAGCCCCAGCUGCAUCCCCAGCCCCUGCUCCAGCCCCAGCCGCAGCCCCAGCUCCUGCUCCAGCCCCAGCCCCUGCUCCAGCCCCAGCUGCAGCCCCAGCCCCUGCUCCAGCCCCAGCUGCAGCCCCAGCCCCUACAACACCCCCAGCCCCAGCUGCAUCCCCAGCCCCUGCUCCAGCCCCAGCUGCAGCCCCAGAUCCUGCUCCAUUGAAGCCUGCAUAUCAGGAGCCUAGAGUGGCUCUCUGCAAGGGCAACCAGGAGGGACGAAUCUCAACCAGCUGGGGAAAUCUUAUUUCCAUGGUUCUUAGGAGUCACCCCUUCCCCAGGCAAGAGAGGCCCCAAGGGACAGCCCUCAGGGCAGCUAUGGAGAGCCCUAAAGAGCCCCACACUUCCCCAGCCUCAGAGAACAGGGAGUCUGGUUCUUUCCCUGAAGGAGCCAUCCCUAGUCUCAAAGAUAGGCAUGGCUCCCCAGCUGGAAUGGUCACAGGGGGCCUGGUUGAGGCUGAAUGUCAGCCACAGCAGAGAAGCUCUGAGACUAACGAGGCUGCAGUUCCCAGGGCCCCCUCUCAGCUGUCUGAGCAGAGGAAUCCUGGCCCUGCACCUUCCCCUGCGGCCAGGCGGGACCCACAACCUGUCCCCAGGCCACGGAAACGCAGCAUGUGUGAAAUAGCAGAGAGCUCUGAGCAGAAAGUCAGCCAGGCAGCUCCUGGAGAGGCUCUAGGGGAGAGGCCCAGCCCUGUAGGCAGCAAGGAGGUUGUCACAGAGAAGCAGAAAGAGGCCCGCAAACUCAUGGUGUUUCUGCAGAAACCUGGGAGCUGGGGGGUGGUGGAGGGGCCCCGGAAGCCCAGCUUCCCUGCUAGGGAGCCGGCCUUGGCAGCUACUCUGCAGCGGCGGCUGGACCUGGGCAGCUGCCUGGAUGUACUGGCCUUUGCCCAGCAGCACGGGCAUCAGAGCCUGGCCCAGCAGACCUAUGCCUUAAUGAGCGACAAUCUGCUGCACGUGCUGGGGGACCCAACUCUCUACCGGCAGCUGAGUGGGGCUGACCGAGAGCGCAUCCUGAGUCUUCGGACUGGCAGGGGCCAGGCUGUGCUGGGGGUCCUCGUGCUGCCCAACCUCUACCAGGUGAGCCGCUCAGGGCUCACAAGGGGCCCUCCAGUGGAGGAGGCUCCUGCCACUGGCCCUGCACCCCUGCCUCCUCCAUCACACCUGCAUGUGUUCAACCCACAAGAGAACACAUGGCGGCUCCUGACCCAGGUGCCAGAGGAGGCCCCGCUUCGGGGCUGUGGUCUCUGCACCAUGCACAACUACCUGUUCCUGGCCGGGGGUAUCCGUGGCUCUGGCGCCAAGGCCGUCUGUUCCAACGAGGUCUUCUGCUACAACCCUCUGACCAACAUCUGGAGCCAGGUGCGGCCUAUGCAGCAGGCCCGUGCCCAGCUCAAACUGGUGGCCCUGGAUGGACUGCUCUACGCUAUCGGGGGCGAGUGCCUAUACAGCAUGGAGCGCUAUGACCCACGCACAGACACCUGGACCUCACGCGCGCCCCUCCCCGCAGGCACCUUCCCUGUGGCUCAUGAGGCUGUGGCCUGCCGUGGGGACAUCUAUGUCACUGGGGGCCACCUCUUCUACCGCUUGCUCAGGUACAGCCCGGUGAAGGAUGCAUGGGACGAGUGCCCCUACAGUGCCAGCCACCGGCGCUCCAGCGACAUGGUGGCGCUAGGGGGCUUCCUGUACCGCUUUGACCUGCUGCGUGGUGUGGGUGCCGCCGUGAUGCGCUACAACACCAUAACGGGCUCCUGGAGUCGAGCUGCCCCCCUGCCCCUGCCGGACCCCGUCCCGCUGCGCUGCACCGUGCUAGGCAACACCAUCUACUGCCUCAAUCAUCAGGUCACUGCUACCUUCACGGUCUCUGAGGGGACUGCCCAGUUCCAGGCCAAGGAGCUGCCGCCUUUUCCCCUGGGGAGUAAAGGGGUCCUCUGUCCGUUCAUCCUGACUCUGCCCCCGGCCGACCCACUACAGACAUCCCUCUGA